AUAGAGAGCCCCGAAACAGAAAUUCUCUGGGCAGCAGAACAUGGUCACCUUGACAUUGUGAUAAAAAUCAUCGAAGAACAUCCACAGCUUGUAAACACAAAAGAUAAAGACGGAUAUUCACCAUUGCAUCGUGCAUGUUAUAGCAAUCACAUUGAUAUUGUAGACUAUCUCCUCCUGCAUGGUGCUGAUAUCAGUUCAAAGACAGAAAUGCAAUGGCAGCCAUUACACUCAUGCUGCCAGUGGAAUCACAAAGAGAUUGCCAGCAGACUGUUACAAAUGGGUGCAGAUGUGAAUGCUGUAUCAUCUGGUAAACAAACACCGCUGCAUAUAGCUGCAAGUCAUGGUAAGUCUUAUGACAUGGUGCAGUUGUUGUUGAUACAACCCUUCAUCAAUCCACAUCUGAAGAACAACAGCGGUGAAACUGCGUAUGAUAUUGCAAAACGCAGCUCAAAAUAUUAUAAGAUUUUUGAAAUGGCUGAUAGUACCCUUGAUAAUUGAUAAAUAUAUUAAACUAACCUCAAUGAUGAGUUAUUGUUAUGAAAA